GUGACGGCUGGGGGAGGGAGAGAGAGAGACUCCUCACACUAGCUGCCCUGUAUUGGAUGUUUACUUGUUAGCGUCAGAACGCUUGGUUCAUUUAAAACACGUUUAGUAUCGUUAGGGUUGAGAGCAGGUGGAACUUUAAAUGCCCUAAAUAAACAACAAAUUCGCGAGAGGGGCUGGUACUCGCUGAUCGUAAAUUGUCAUCGAGGAGUGACUUAUAUCGGGUUUGUUUGCUCACCGUGGACGAGUUGAGCUUGUUCGGCUACCGAACGAGCGGAGUAUCAAGCGGCGUUCGUGCAACGAACGAACAAAAGAUUGCGUUUAAAUUCUCUGAAGUUGUUUGAAGCUGUUGUUUUGCUAUUAUUUCCUAAAAAAAAAUCUCUACUUGUUUUCGGAAUAUGGCUCAUCAUGGACAUCAUCAUGUUGCGAGUUCCCAAAAGGCUUUAAUGCUGGAGAUGAAAAGUCUCCAGGAUGAGCCGGUCGAAGGCUUUAAAAUAACUUUAGUCGACGAGUCGGACUUGUACAACUGGGAAGUUGCGAUAUUCGGACCCCCCAACACACAUUAUGAGGGGGGCUAUUUUAAGGCUCGCAUUAAAUUCCCCAUCGACUACCCAUACUCGCCUCCUGCUUUCAGAUUCCUCACCAAGAUGUGGCAUCCCAAUAUCUAUGAGAAUGGAGACGUGUGUAUUUCCAUACUGCACCCACCAGUGGAUGAUCCACAGAGUGGAGAACUCCCAUCAGAGAGGUGGAACCCCACACAGAACGUGAGGACUAUCUUGUUAAGUGUUAUCUCGCUGCUGAAUGAGCCCAACACCUCCUCGCCUGCCAACGUAGAUGCCUCCGUCAUGUACCGCAAAUGGAAGGACAGUAAAGGGAAAGAUCGGGAGUAUGCAGAAAUCAUCAGGAAGCAGGUUUCAUCCACCAAAGCAGAAGCUGAGCGGGAUGGAGUCAAGGUGCCCACCACACUUGCAGAAUACUGUGUUCGUACCCGCGCCCCACCCACCGACGAGGUCUCAACCCUAUUCUACGAAGAUUACUAUGAUGAUGAGGACAUAGAUGAUGAUGAUGAAGAGGAGGGUGAAGACUGUUGCUAUGACGAUGAUGACUCUGGGACUGAGGACUCAUGACCAGCACCUAAGCUUUCCAAAACUGAACUCUCCAUGCCCCUGUACCCAUUUUGGUUUUAAUUCGAUUUGAAAAGGAAUAUUUUUCGGCUUUUUUUUUUCCAUUUCUAUCUCAGACGUCUGAAGUUUCCUGACUCAGCGGACACAACCAAGGGCAAGUUUAAUUCUGUCUUGUGCUGAUUUUUUUUAGUUUGUUUUGUUUGGUUUUUGGGGCAAGUGGGUUUCAGUCAAUCAGUGCUCGAGAAUCCAGCUUAGUGUAUACAUUUAUUAACAACAUGUCUAUCCGAGGCAUGUUGGUGCCUGAUCUCAGGUUUUCAAUGACAUGGGGUUAAAUAAAAAAAAAAAGUAGCUAAUACACAUUCUCAGGGCUACUUCAAUUUCUUAAACCACAAUCCAUCAUUUAGUAUUAUUUCCAAAUUAUGUGGGGGAAUCUCAGAAAAAUGUUCUUCACGUUCUCAAAAAGGGAAUCUCAAUCAUAUACAGCUCAUACCAUUCUAAGCUCUCUCUUUCCAUUGGUCUUUGUUUCAUUUUAUCCACAAACAAACCUAUAAUGUCUUUUUUGUUCGAUUUUUAGGGGGUUGCAAGGUAGAUUUGUGCAUGCAGAUCUUCUUUGCUGUAUUUAGCUAGUCUGUGAGGGGAUUUUAGUUUUAUGUAUCUGUUUCAUUUUAAGCUUUGUGGUGAGUAUUAUUUGGAAGCUCAAAAUCUCCUCAGGAUAACAGACAGUUUGAGACAUUGGGUAUUUAUGGCUGACCCUUUGACCCCAACAGACCCUUUAAAACAUGUAAUAAAAUUCAUGUGCACACAGAGGUAUUUUGGGUCACUUUCACUUCUUUAAAUUUUCCUUUCUUUUUGGUAUGCUUUGUAAAUCUAUUUAAAUUCUCAAUAAAGAUCUUUAUUAGAA